UGCAUCUUCCUCGUUCUUUGCUUUUCUGCUCCAUUUUGGAUUUUUUUUCCUUUUAAUGUAUAUUUUUUUUCUUUUCCUCUCCUCUCGUCUAAGAGAUGCCAUAUGUGCAGAGAGACUGGAUUACAAACGUGUCUUUUUUUAUUCAAUUCCUUUACAUUUUGGCGUCUUGCCAUGGUAUAAAAGUCCAGCAGGGAAAUCUGUACUCCUCACAAAAGAGACAAGAACACAUUGCGGGCACUUUACCAGCUGCUUAUGAAAUAGUUGAGCCAGUGAAAGUGGAUGAAAAUGGAGCUUUUUUAUCCCACAGCUUAUUCCACAACGUCAAAAGCAAGAGAAGAAAGCGGGACCUUAACUCUCAAAGAGUACAUUACAGAAUCCUCUACAAAACAGAAGAGCUACUCUUUAACAUGACCGUCCAUGAUGGAUUCUUGUCCGAUGAUUAUAUCUUAGAAAGGAGGGCUGGAAAACUCAGUAGUGUGAAGAUCACUCCACGUUCGGGAAGUAAUUGCCACCUCGUUGGUACUGUGCAACAGCAAGAUACGGGCAGCGGAUUUGCUGCCAUUAGCGCAUGCCAAGGCCUGACUGGAUUUUUCCGUCUUUCCCAUGGAGACUAUUUUAUUGAGCCAUUCCAAAAUUCGUCACAAUCAGCAGGAAGGCAGCAAAAACACAUAAUAUACAAGAGAGAAUCACAGAACCCUCGCAGGAAUCGCAGAGACCUGCCUAUGUCUAAAUAUCAGGCCUGUGGCGUAAACGAUGACCAGAGUUCUGCUCUGAAACAAGAGCGUCAACGAGAAAAGUGGGAACGGGAGUACCAGACUGGCAGAAAGAUCACACAGCGGUCCGUGAGCAAAGAAAGAUGGGUGGAAACUUUGGUGGUGGCAGACACCAAGAUGAUUCAAUACCAUGGGAGUGAGAAUGUGGAGUCUUAUAUCUUUACCAUCAUGAACAUGGUUACCGGAUUGUUUCAUGAUGCAAGCAUUGGUAACGCAGUUCAUAUCAAAGUGGUCCGUCUGAUUCUUCUCGAGGAGGAAGAGGAAGGACUGAAAAUAGUUCAUCACGCAGACCAGACCUUGGCAAGUUUUUGCAAGUGGCAGAAGAGUAUAAAUCCUAAAAGUGAUGCGCACCCAGCCCACCACGAUAUAGCUGUACUGCUAACAAGGAAGGAUAUUUGUGUUGGGAGAAACAGUCCUUGUGAAACUUUGGGUCUGUCUUACCUCUCAGGGAUGUGCCAACCUCACAGAAGCUGCAACAUUAAUGAGGACUCGGGUCUUCCUGUAGCCUUUACUAUUGCACAUGAAAUUGGACACAGUUUCGGAAUUCACCAUGAUGGGCAAGGGAAUGACUGUGAAUUAAUUGGACAACCAUUCAUUAUGUCAAGACAACUAAAAUACGACACCUCACCCCUAACCUGGUCGCCAUGUAGCAAAGAAGAUAUCACACGGUUCCUGGAUCGAGGAUGGGGGUUUUGUCUCGAUGAUGUACCGGUGAAGAAAGAUGUUAAGCCACCAUUUGUUGCUCCUGGAGUCUUGUAUGACCUCAACCACCAAUGCCAACUGCAGUAUGGCCCUAAUGCAACAGUCUGUGAACUGGUAGAUAAUGUAUGCCAGACACUAUGGUGUUUAGUGCAUGAUUCUUGCCGGUCCAAACUUGAUGCGGCUGUAGAUGGAACCAGAUGUGCAGAAAACAAGUGGUGCUUCAAUGGGAAAUGUAUUCUUGUAGGAAGACAUCCUGAAUCUAUACAUGGAGGAUGGGGAACAUGGUCCGCUUGGUCCCACUGUACAAGAACAUGCGGAGCUGGUGUUCAAAGUGCAGAAAGAAAAUGCAAUAACCCUGAGCCGAAAUAUGGUGGGAAGUACUGCACCGGCGAGAGAAAGCGAUACAGGCUUUGUAAGACGUUCCCGUGCCCCAACACCGGUCCAUCGUUUCGCCAGAUGCAGUGCAGUGAGUUUGACACGGUACCGUACAAAAAUGAGCUGUACCAAUGGAUUCCUAUAUAUAACACAGAGAAUCCAUGUGCGCUCCACUGCAGACCCACAGAUGCCAACUUUGCAGAUAAGCUGCUUGAUGCAGUUAUUGAUGGAACUCCUUGCUUUGAUGGGAAUAACAGUAAAGACGUGUGCAUUAAUGGCAUGUGUAAGAGUGUUGGCUGUGACCAUGAGAUUAAUUCAAAUGCCACAGAGGACCGAUGCGGAGUCUGCCUCGGAGACGGCUCAACCUGUCAGACCAUUAAAAAAGAAUUUAACCAAAGCGAAGGAUUUGGCUAUGUUGAUGUUGGAAAUAUUCCAAAAGGAGCAAGAGAUAUCAAGAUAGAAGAGAUAAAAGCAGCAGGAAAUUUUCUUUCACUGCGAAGCGAAGACCCCGAGAAAUAUUACUUAAAUGGAGGUUUUACAAUCCAGUGGAAUGGAGAUUACAAAGUAGCAGGAACAACAUUUCAUUAUCAAAGGAAUGGAGAUCUGGAAAACCUGACAGCCUCUGGCCCCACAAAUGAGUCUGUCUGGAUACAGCUUCUGUUUCAAGAAAGCAACCCAGGAAUUAAAUAUGAAUACGUUAUCCAAAAGGAUCAAGGAAAUGAGACGGAAUCUACUUACAGCUGGGAAUACGGAAGGUGGACAGACUGCAGUGCGACCUGCGGAACAGGUGCCCAGCGACAGGUAGCCCAAUGUGUAAACAAGCAAAGAGGAGUUGUUAUUACGACUUUCUGUGAUCAAGACCUUCAACCGGUUUCAAGACAGAAGAAAUGUCACAUCCAAGAUUGUCCGCCCAGGUGGUGGGUUGGAGAGUGGCAGCAGUGUUCCAGCACAUGUGGACCCACUGGCGAGAAAAAAAGAGCUGUUCUUUGUAUCAGGACUGUGGGCACUGAUGAGCAAGCUCUUCCGUCGGAGGACUGUCACCAUCUCACCAAGCCGAAAGGAUACAUAUCAUGUAACAGAGAUAUUUUAUGUCCUUCAGACUGGACAGUUAGCAACUGGAGUGAGUGCUCCAUCACAUGUGGUGGAGGUGUACGGACACGUAAUGUCACAUGUUCAAAAAACAAUGAUGAGCCAUGCGAGGCAUCUAAAAAACCCAACUCAAAAGCUCUUUGUGGCCUUCAACAAUGCCCUCUUCAAAAGAAUCUCCCACCAGGUCCCAUAAAACACAAGUAUGGGAAAAAAAUAAUCAAAGUAAUCCCCAAAAAAUCAGGUAUUCCAACAAAGCGCAUUAUAUUUAGAAAAGUCAUCCGUAAGUAUCACCCUGUGACAAAAAUACCCAAAUCACUCACAACAUCCGCUCCUAAAAUGAUUUUACCUCCAGUGGUAAACUCAAUCAAAGAAGAUUUUCAAAUCAACGACAUUCCGAAUUCCACCCAUUUUAAUGUGGAUUACAAAUAUAAUUUUGUCCUUGUAGAAAACAACAAAAGGAAGAUAAAUUCUACUAAACCCGUUCCAACAGUUUCCACCGGAGGAGAGCAUUACGGAGAAACCGAUAUGGAAAAUAAAACAGAGAACUAUUUUUUAUCUACCACCACAGCAAUACCUCAAAAUAUAACAUCUGCUAAUGAUUUUCUCACCGAGGAACCAGAAACUCAAACAGCAUCCGAGGAAAUAAACGGGCCCGAUGAUGAAACAAAUAGCUACGGCGAUACAGAGAAUUCCAUCAUUGAAUCCAGGAGUAAGAGACAUAAAGGAAGAGCCAACGUGAUACAAUAUAAUCAAAGUACUAUUACGUAUCCUUCUGAAUCCCCAACUCCAAAUUCAAAUCUCGUUACGACGGAGAGUCCACAAACGUUUAAUAUUAAAGUCUUCAUUUCCCUCGUCGGCACGGAACAAAAUGCUACGUUAAGUGAAAAGAAUUUAGCUAGCCCUGCGGCGAAUACCUCCGAAGAGCUGGAUAAUCUUCAAGUUACUAUUGUUAAUAUUUCAGAAGAUUCAUCCAAGAAAUUGAAUAACACAACCCUCGGUGGUCUCUUGAAUUCAGCGCCGCAUAUAAAUAUCACGGACUUGGUUUUUAACGUGUCAGAAAAAGUUUACUGGAUAAUUGGGAACUGGAGUGAGUGUUCCACGACGUGUGGUCUAGGGGCUGAGUGGAGGAGCGUGGUAUGUAGCACGUCAAGCGAAGCUGACUGUCAACACAUUAAAAAGCCAGAUCCGGCAAGAAAGUGCCACCUACGGCCCUGUGCCAGCUGGAGAACCGGAAACUGGAGCAAGUGUUCUACAAACUGUGGAGGUGGCUUCAGAACCAGAGAAGUACACUGCAUGGACAUCCGUGAAAACAGACCUCUCAGGCCCUUCCACUGCCAGUCCCAUGGACCCAAUCCGCAACAGAACAGUUCCUGCAACCAAGAGCCAUGUUUGUCAUGGCUGGCGAAGCCAUGGAGCGAGUGUUCCAAGACAUGUGGAAGUGGCAGUCGCCAAAGACAGGUGAUUUGUCCGUUAGAGAACAGGUGCGAUUUGAAGAAGAGUCCAGUCAUUACCAUAAACUGCAGUGAGAAACCGUGCGUCAGAUGGAAGCCAGAUGCCUGGUCAGAAUGUUCUGUGUCUUGCGGGGAAGGAAUCCAACAGAGGAUCGUCGAAUGCAUGAACGUUGAUAAUAACAGCACUAUGAAUAAUACACUUUGUGAAGAAACAGAGCCGAAGCCACGAGACACCCAAAUAUGCACUAACCAAGACUGUAAAAAUAUAGAUCCACUGUGCAAAAAAGAUAAGAUGUCGAUUAACUUCUGCAAAACCGUAAAAUCUAUUGGCAAGUGUUCCUUGAAAAAUAUUGAGAAAGAGUGCUGCUUCACAUGCAUGCAGCCCGAGACUCGGUUACCAGGGGGCUGACACAUGAAUCGCUUCAUUAUCGUCAGAACAGAUUCUUACACAUUUUUGUGUGCAUUUUUAUUUUAUAUACGAGGUCGAAUAAGUAAAGAAAAAAAAAUCAGAUUUAAUUUUUUAUGCAACAUUUUUUUUUUAUAUUUUAAAAUAUGCUAAAUAACUUCUGUCGCCAUAAAUUAAAUUAGGAGAUGGCAAUUUGCCUAUUUACAAAAAAAAAGGAUCUACAAUUUCCGAUCAGCUCGUAAGAGGCAAUACUCUCCCGGAGCAUAGCUCUAACAAACUCAGGGGUAAAUAUCAUGCAAAGAUGAACAUAAUUGUUUUGUCCAGGAUUUAGUUUAAAAAAGUGGCAUAU